AUGUUCUCAAUUACAAAGCGUAGUAGUUACAAGUGCAGAUUCUGCAAUACAUUUUACAAUAGCACAAGAAAAGUCAAUUUAUGCAGAAUUCAGUAUAUGAAAACCUGUUCUUCAAACAUGGUUAAUUUUGAGAUUUCCCAACCCAUUUCUGUCUCUGAGCAAACCAACAUUGUAUCAAGUAUUGUAUCUGGAUACACCUCUGACAAAGAAAACACAGCCACAAUUGAUAACCAAACUGUGGAUGCCUUCAAUAAUGGUGACAAUGAUAAUGAUCAGCCCAUGUAUGAUGCCGAUCUUGAUCAUGCCAUGGAUGACAUCCACGUCAAAACCUCUCCUCUGAUAUUUGAUUUCAGUCAACCCACUCCCAUCUCUAACAAUGACGACGCAAAAAAUCUUAAGUUCAUUAAGAUAAUCAAGGAUUUUGGAAUUUUGCGUGAAGCACAUGAAAUGAUUGCUCGUCAUUUCAACAAGAUUCUAGAGACAUCUAAUGACAUAACAUACAGAGCAUGCUCUUCAUACCUUGGAGAUAAACUUCUUGAGAGAUUUUCUUCUGUAAAAGGAGAUAAGUAUGACAUCUGCCAUAAUGAUUGUAAACUUUACAAUGACAGUCAUGAGACAGUGUGUCUUAAUUGUGGUGAGGCACAUUAUAAAAACGAUGCCAAAGAUAAAGACGGAUUAACCUUGCCAGGCACCACCAUCUGCAUCAUAGAGAGCUUCAGAAGCUUCAACCCUGAUAGUGUGUUGUACAAGGGCCUCAAAGGACAAUCUCCAUUCGCUUCAUUGACGUCAUUCACAGGCCCAUUUUUCUUUGCUCUCAAUGAGAUGCAUGGUCUUUCUCACGGAAUUGGCAAGCAGGUCUGGGGGCUUGUUUGCAGGAAGUAUGGAUCUAAGCACCCCCUUUUCCUCUCUGCUGGAGCACAGAAGAAGAUAGACGUGGCAAUAGAAGGAACAAGAGAAUCAAUCCCAACAUCUUUCCAUGGUGCUUGGAGGGAAGUGGCAAGACAUGCAGAAUAUUUCCGAGCUGUGAACUGGGCCAAUUUCCUUCUGUUUGUGGUUCCCACUCUGGUAGCAGAGCGUAUCCACAAUCAAGAUGCACAGAAGGCAUUGCUUGGCCUUGUGCAAGCAUGCACUCUACUCAUGAGCUGGGAUGUUAUUCAGAGUUUUGUUUUUGGAACUUAUUCUGAUCUUUCUCUUAGAAACCUUAUUAAGUGGAAUUCGUAUCUGGAAGGCCAUUUCCAAAAUGGUAAAGUUGGAAUAGAGAUAUUCACUAUCAACCAACACCUAUUGCAGCAUUACCCAGCAAUGAUCAAUGCAUUUGGCCCUCCCAGAGCGUACAGUGCCAGGUCGCUAGAGAGGGCCAUUGGAGAAUAUUCUCGGUCAAUAAAGAGCAAUUCUGCUAUUGGUGCAAACGCUGGGAACAUUAUGCUGAGACUUGCCUGUACAAGAUGUGUGGAUGUAAACGGAGCCUUGGUAGUUAAGGCGAGGGCAACAGCAAGAAUAUUGCAAUACAAUGAUGAGUCUGCUGGUUGGCCAAUGACUGAGGAAGGUGAGCGUGUUGACGUUGACUCAGAUAUUGAGUUCUGGGGGCCUUUGGAAUAUAAAACAAUUCAUGACAGCAUUGAAGAAAUUUCUUGUCUCCCAGUUCUUCUUGCAAAGUUCCAUGAAUCAAAGGGAGUGGAAUGCAGCACGAUUGAUUCAGCCUUGACGACAAGCCGCAAGGCUUUUGUCAAUGGCUGUGUGAUAGACUCUGUGUUUGCCCACAAAGUACAAAGAGAGGCUCACCACAUUCACCUUCAGUUGCAGAUAAACAAGGCAACAAACGCAAGAUCAGGAUCGUCUCCUGCUCUAAAACACUUCUUUGGCAAAGUUGUUCUUUUCUUUGAGCAUGUCAAUGAGGGGAAAAGAUGGCCACUUACUUUGGUGUUGGUGUAUAGCACGAUGCUGUACAAUGGUGUGCCAGUGGCGCGAAAUGGACAAAUGAAGCCAAAGGUGGUUCACCUGGUGGAUGUCAAGGAAUUGGUUGGGCUGGUGGUGUCAGACGCAACAGUAAAUACAAUAACAGCAAUGACGACAGCAUACAUAGUGUGGCCAGAACUCAACCGUGGCCCUAAGUUGUCACUUGGUUCUUUUGCUGAUAUUUAA